GCGGAACACAUCAUUGUAUUGCACACCUCUAAAAAAAAACACUGCUCGGAUUCAUAAAUAUAAAAAGAUCCUCAGAGGAGGGCUGUGUUUUUUUUGUGUGUGAUGGCAACUUCACUUCUAGGGGAGGAGCCGAGGUUGGGAUCGACUCCUUUAGCCAUGUUAGCAGCAACAUGUAACAAAAUAGGGAGUCCGAGCCCUUCACCGUCCACCAUUUCGGAUAAUUCUUCGUCAUUCGGCAAAGGCUUCCACCCGUGGAAGAGAGCCGCCGCCAGCAGCUGCAGCCUGGGCUCCGGCUUGUCCGGUUUCGGGGUGGCCCGCAACGGCUCCGGCAUCUCGGACUCGUUCGCCUCCAACGGCUCCACGGGCUCCAGUGCAUUUUCCCUCACGUCCGGCGCCUCUUCCGGGUCCCACUUUGGAAACGACUACUCCGUGUUCCAAGCCUCCGUGUCGAACAGCUCCCAAGAGUCGAGUCACCAGCCGGUGUUCAUUUCCAAGGUGCACACGUCCGUGGACAGUCUGCAGGGCAUCUACCCGAGGAUGAGCGUGGCGCACCCGUACGAGUCCUGGUUCAAGUCGUCUCAUCCCGGUAUCCCCGCGGGAGAAGUGGGAACCACUGGGGCUUCUGCUUGGUGGGACGUGGGAGCCGGGUGGAUUGACGUGCAAAACCCGAAUGGAGCAUCUCUACAGACGUCGUUACAUUCCGGCGGACUCCAGACGUCCUUGCACUCUCCUCUGGGCGGAUAUAAUUCUGAUUAUUCCACUUUAAGUCACUCAGCCUUUAGUACAAACCCCUCUCCGCACCUGUUGACCACCGGCCAGCACCUGAUGGACGGUUUCAAGCCGGUGCUAUCCUCUUAUCCGGACACAAGCCCCUCUCCGUUGACAGGUGCAGGGGGAACCAUGCUCUCAGGGGGUCCACCCUCCUCCUUGGCGGGGUCUCCGAGGUCAUCUGCUCGGCGCUACUCGGGCAGAGCUACCUGCGACUGUCCGAACUGCCAGGAGGCGGAGAGACUGGGACCGGCUGGCGCGAGUCUCCGGAGGAAGGGUCUCCACAGCUGUCACAUCCCAGGCUGCGGGAAGGUUUACGGCAAAACGUCCCACCUCAAGGCACACUUGCGGUGGCACACCGGCGAGCGACCGUUCGUGUGCAACUGGCUCUUUUGCGGCAAAAGGUUCACACGUUCUGACGAGCUCCAGCGACACUUACGCACGCACACUGGGGAGAAAAGGUUCGCCUGCCCGGUGUGCAACAAGAGGUUUAUGCGAAGCGACCACCUGAGUAAGCACGUAAAGACUCACAGCGCCGGGGGUUCCGCCGGUUCAGGCUCCGGGGGCAGCGGCGGCAAGAGGGGGAGCGAUACCGACAGCGAGCACAGCGCACCGGGCAGCCCACCGUGCCACUCCCCGGACCUGUUGCACCCGGGAGAGACGAGCCAGGGUGUCGGCAUGAACGGCCUGUAAACUCCGCUUGCUUGACGUCCCAAGUGUGUGAACCACAAGAAAUGUGUUGGUAAGGAAAUGGCAGUGGACAUACUGUACUGUAUGCAUCAUGCUCCAUGAUAAGUGUUACUUAACAAGAAAAUACAGCUAUACAUUUCUCAAUAAGGACAUACAGUGGAUACAGCUGAGUGUAUGCACAAUGUUCCAUCAUGAGUGUCACGUUUCUUAUUAGAAAAUAGGCCUAAUUUUCAUUGGUGACAUGAAAAUGACUGUACUUUCGUGCACAAUACAACAUCACAUGCGAUUAAAAAAAUGUCCUAUAUACAUUUAUCAGCAACAGGGAUUUUUUUUGGUAAGGAUAGCGGUGUAUGCACAAUGCUCUGUGUCAUUUAUCAAGAAAAGGGCCUAUGCAUUUUUAAAGUACACUGCAAUGGACACACUCUAGUGUAUACCCAUUAUUUACGUCAUUUCAUAAGAAAAUUAACUUGAGCAUUUUACGGUUUUUCAGUGGAAAUUGCGGUUUAUUUUACUCCAUAAAUGCAUUUUGUUGAGGAAGUACACAUUUUCUUUUUUGGUAAUGCUAUCACAGUGGACAUAUUUUCGUGUUUACACGAUGUACAAUCACAUUUAUAGACAAAACAGGCGUAUACAUUUUUUCUACAAUGGCCAUAAUUAAAGUGCUUUCCAGUACUCUUUCUUCAGAAACAAUGCUCCACACAUUUUCAUUUCCAAGAAAUUAGACCUUUGCUUUUCUUUUUAAGGACAUAAUAUGAUUGAACAUACUUUACACAGGUUUACGUCAUUUAUUGAGAAAAUAGGCCUGUACUUAUUUGGUAAGGAUUUCGGGAAGUUGACACUCAAGGGUAUACAUAAUGCUCCAUGCCAUUUGUUGGGAAAAGAGGCCACGCUGUCUUUUUUUUAAAAACACAUCUUGCUGUUCCACAGUAGAAAAAGUUGUAAGAGCACUAAAAAAAAGACAGGGGACCAUUUAUUUUCACGCCUUAGUGUGUAUUUUUGGAGGGGCUGUUACACAUUACUGUUCAUGGGCAAACUCUGGCACUUUAUUACCGAGCGGGAGACAUGGACACUCGGUGUAUGGAAUACAUGGAGUGAAAUGAUGAGAUGCUUUUUGUUAUGUAUGUGAUCGUGUUGGAUCACACACACGCGCAAACACACACACACACACACACUUUCUGUCCAGUCCACAGUGUGCCAUGCCAAGUUUGUAUAGGUUCCUUAUAUUACGGCAAAAAUGUUGUGUAAAUAUUGAAACGUGUAGGUUAGAAUAUACGCCCAAUGUCAAAAGGUGAGUAAUGUAUUUGUCCAGGAGACGAUUUUGUAUAGCUAUUUCUAGUUGUAUAUGGACUCUAGUAAAUAUUUGAAAAUAUACGGAGAUGUACUUUUUGUUUUGACAUGAUAUGAAACGUAUUUGUGGGGAGUUCUAUUUAACCACGACUUUUCUUGUAUGUAGGGGUCUAUAUCAUUAGGCGCACUUUUGAAUUUAUUUGUAAACUUUGGAAAUGAGUUACUGUUUACCCACUGUUUUUUUUUAUUUAAGUAAGCAUGUUGUAAAGUGAUUUUACAAUAUCUUUUUUGUUUCCUCCUCAUGAGAAUGGCUUUUUAUGUGAGCCACUCAAUAAAGUCACUAUGGACUCAAACUCAGAAUUUGUUGAGUCAGUGAAAUGUUUUUGGCCGAUGAAAUGGUAUUAUUUCAGUGUACGGAAUUUGUUGUUUACUUCUAUAGCGUUUUAUCAGUAAUGUCAAAGACUAUUUCUGAAAAGAUGGUGGGGUUUAGAAUUUGAUGUGAAGGCCAACCGCCCUGCGACAUCAAUUGGGC